CUGAUGUGUCACGUGGUAUGAGUGACACGUUCGGCAUUCCGGGACUGCGUCACUCUGACAUAUAAAAAGCAACACUCUUGGUCGCCCUCCACACAUCCUCUCAGCAUCAAGCAUCACGACUGCAAAGAUGGCAUUUGCUCUUCGCUCUUUGCUUCUCCUGUGCGGGAUCAGUGGACUGUUGACUGGAGUUUGGAGUGAUGAGACCGUGACAGUUCCUUGCUGUCCAGAUGGCUGGGUUCGGUUGCAGGACCGCUGCUUCAUCUACAUCAAUAACCCACUUUCUUUUUCAGCUGCAGAGGCGGCUUGCCAAAAUGCUGGUGGGAAUCUGGCCUCCAUCCGAGAUUCAGUGGAAAAUGCCCUGUGCUACCAACUGGUUCUGGAUGCUAACAAUAACGCGAUCGUAGAUACCUGGAUUGGACUCAAUGAUGGUGUUGAGGAGGGAAGAUUUGUUCGGAAUGAUGGCUCAGUAUCCAAGUUCCUUAACUUCAGAGGGCCAAUACAGCCAGAUAACUUCAUGGGCAAUGAAGACUGUGCUGAGAUUGACACUGAAGGCCAAUGGAAUGAUGAAACCUGCUCAGAUACACAGGAUUAUCUUUGCUCCAUAAACCUGUGGUAAAGAAUCAGCACUCCAAGUGGAACCCCGUGGAAUAUCUUUUCCUCCAUCUUGAUGCCUCCUUAUGUCAAGAUCAAUUUUAAAUGGUGUUCUUGUUUAACUGGAUCAACGACAACAUAUUUUCUUCUUCCUCUUCUUCCUCUUGUUCUCAAACUAUUUUGGUUUCUCGCCAAUAAAUGAAGGAAUCUGUAUGUGCA